AUGGAUAGAAAGGACAGGCAUCUCCUUACAGACACGGACCAUGAUAUUGUCAAAUCAAUCAGCAGCCGUUGGCUUGCCGAGGGCUUCUGGGCUAUCGCUGAGCUGGAUGGAUCGAUCCCAAACAGGCUGAGCCCAGAGGAGAUCGAGCCAGAAACAGCGGUAAUCUCGGGCAUGAGCGAUGAGGCCUUGCUCAGUCAUCAUAGAGAAACGGCUGCAAAAUCGCGCUCAUUCGAAAACAGUGGUCACUGGCUAUUCCGGGCAUUCUUCACUGGGGAACAGACGCUCGGUAGAUUCCAGCAUGACGAUACUGUCAAAGCCGAGGUCUUGACAGAUAUGAGCGAUUCUUACUAUGCAAGGUCGAGACAUGUGCUCACGCAUGGCGUAGAACAUUCACAAAAGCUGCUGGAAUACGCCGUUAUCUUGCGGGAGAUUGCUUUAAAAAUGCCGCAAUUCCGCGAGGCAAAUGUUAGAGUACCAGAGCUGAGGAAGCUCGCCGAAAUACAUUCUGAGAGGCUUUUCAGAGGGGGGCUUAGGGAACCCUUGAAGGUCACCAACAUAGCAGCUGCUUGUUUUGAAGAAGCCGCCAGCUUAAUGACAAGAGAAGAAGGGGGAAGGCUACGCGCGGCAAGUCGUGCGCUGAAAUUCAUGGGCGGUGAUAUCAGAGCCAUCGAUUGUGCUCUCGAGAUUUCUAUUGACGAGAUCAUGGAACGGCCUGUAUCUAUGGAUUCGGUAACACCGCGCCGAUUUCGGUUCAUUGACUGCCAAAGCUUCUGUAAAAUGGGCGCCCUCCGAAUCUUGGAGCUUCCUGACUUACCAGAGUCGUACUAUGUGGCUAUAUCGUACGUCUGGCAAGGAGGUUUGCGCGCGGAUGCUUGCCCCAACCAUGGCCCAGUCAUCAAGAUCAACAAUGCUGCCAACGCAGAUCCCAUAUCUAUCGACGUGCUGCGGAUCGCGUGUAACGCCGCGCUGACACUCAACUGCCCUCUCAUAUGGCUUGAUGGGGUUUGCAUCAUGCAAGGGAACGACCAUGAUAAAGAUUGGCAAAUUCAGAACAUGUUCAAGAUCUACAGCCUGUGUAAGACGUGCUUGAUCAUUCCCGGAGGAUUGUCAAGACUCGUCGCUAUUGACGAAGAGACGAGGUGGGUUCACCGCGCCUGGACUCUGCAGGAGGCUAUUGCUCCGCCAUCGUGCCAUUGCCUCUUCUCAUGGCCGCACGGCGACUGCGUGCUGCAAACAGUGAGCUUUGCUGGAGUCCACGAGGUGGAGCCGGGCAGGGCUGCCAUCUCUGAGAUGAGAAGUUUGUUGAACAUAACACAUAAGAAGUGCGAUAUAAUAAAGGGCAGACAGAGAGAUAACCUAGGGAAAGUCACGAUACGACUACUGGGUAAUGAAAUCGAGGAUAAAGAUAGCGUUUCCCUAAAUGCCCUGAUCGGUGCCCUAGACCGGAAGGGCAGGGAAGGCAUGGGCAACGCCGUCUGGAGGGCAGCCUUGACAAGAUUCUCAUCACGACCUGUUGACUUUGCCCUGAGUAUCAUGGGUAUAUUUGGCAUAACUCUUGAUCCGUCUCGAUUCGCACCUGAUGACAAAAUAGGUGCAACGGUUGCAUUGAUGCAAGCAAUGAUUGUCGAGGGACAGAGACCGGAGUGGUUGGGGAUAAUGGAGAAGCUACGUCCGGGCCAGUAUUUGACAAUGCUUCCUGAGUUCCCGCAGCCAGACGUGGAUGGAAGGGCCGCAUUUGGAAAGACCUUGUGGAGUUCGAAUUGGUGGAUCAAGGAUGUCCCUCCUGGCUUAAGGAUGGAUGAUGCCGGGUAUCUGCACAUCUCGGCAUUAUGCUUGCCAAUUCAAUCCGUCCGCCCUGGGAGUGCCGAUGUGAUAUUUGAGAAUACCGAUGGGCAAUGGGCUCUAUCUUUGAACAAAAGCCCACAGAUUUAUGCGGUUCGUCUCGGAGAGAAGUGCCUUUACACAGCUAUCAAAUUCCCCCCUCAGGUCAUUCUGGACAAGUAUUUGGUUCUUCUUGCCGAAAAGUCCAAAGAGGAGAGAUUUCAUUGUCUUGGAUACGCUUCUGUGGAGGAAAAUGUCAUCAACUUGGAGAGUUGGGGAACUCUGACACUUGUAAUAAGAUAG